GCUUCUUUGUCACCCACUCAGCAGCAAAGUUUAUCUUUUUCCCAUUUUGGCAACAUGGGCUGUUCGAGAGCUGUGUUUUUGUUGGGUUGUGUUCUUUUGACGUGGUGGCUUUGUCUGUCUUUAGCAGCAGCAGAAGAAGUUAAGGUGAAAGUGAAAGGAGUUACCUCCAUUGCCAAGACUGAUGGCAACUUCAUUUGUGCUACUUUAGAUUGGUGGCCUGAAGACAAAUGUGAUUAUAAUCAAUGCCCGUGGGGAAAGGCUGGAAUCCUCAAUUUGGAUUUGAAGAACAAGAUUCUGGCCAAUGCAAUAAAAGCAUUUAAUCCUCUUCGGAUCAGAAUUGGAGGUUCCUUAGAAGAUCAAGUCGUCUAUAAAGUUGGAACAAUGAAGAUAUGCCCACGUUUUCAGAAACGUAAAGAUGGCCUGUUUGGAUUUAGCAGAGGUUGCCUUCCGAUGAAAAGAUGGGAUGAACUUAAUGCUUUGUUCAACAAAACAGGGCCUUUGGUAACAUUUAGCUUGAAUGCCCUUAUUGGAAGGCAAAACCCAGUAGGCGGUGAUACUCUUUGGGCAGGAGAUUGGAAUGCCCAAAACGCCCGUGAUUUUAUCAACUAUACGAUCUCCAAGGGAUACAAGAUCGAUUCUUGGGAACUCGGAAAUGAACUGUGUGCAAAUGGAGUGUCGGCAAGAGUUGAGGCUAGUCAGUAUGGCAAAGAUAUGAUUGUACUCAAAGAACUUGUUAAAGAAUUGUAUCCAGAUCCAAGCACACGGCCAAAAGUCUUGGGGCCUGGUGGCUUUUAUGAUGAGGAAUGGUUCAAUGAGUUCCUUCAGACAUCCGGAGCAGGAGUUGUUGAUGGUCUAACUCACCAUAUAUACAAUCUUGGUGCCGGUGUCGAUAAGAAUCUCAUCAACAAGAUUCAAGAUCCAUAUUAUCUUGAUCGAAUAGCUCAGACCUACAAGGAUAUUUCGAGGAGCGUAGACUUGUUUGGGCCAUGGUCAGGAGCAUGGGUUGGAGAGGCUGGUGGAGCUUAUAAUAGUGGUGGCAAAGAUGUCUCCCACACUUUUGCUGAUGGAUUCUGGUAUUUGGAUCAGUUAGGCAUGACAUCCACUUUCAACCAUAAGGUUUUCUGCAGACAAGCCUUAAUUGGAGGAAAUUAUGGUCUGCUUAACACAACCACGUUCAUCCCUAAUCCAGAUUAUUAUGGGGCACUUUUGUGGCAUCGAUUGAUGGGGAAAAAUGUUCUUGCUGCCACACAUGAGGGCUUCCCUUAUUUGCGUGUGUAUUCUCAUUGCUCAAAGACUAGCUCUGGCAUUGCAGUCCUGAUAAUCAACAUUUCAAAUUCGACCCGUUUUGAAGUUUCAAUUGUGAAUGACUACAAUAUGGGCGGCAAAUUUGAAGUUGGACAACAAAGAGAAGAGUACCACUUGACUCCAAAAGGUGGAAACAUCCAGAGUGAUGUAUUGCUGUUAAACGGGACUCCACUGAAGCUCACAGAGGCAUCUGAUAUCCCAGCUCUAGAACCGCAAAUAGUUGAUGCUUCUAAGCCUAUUACUGUUGUACCUCAUUCAUUUGUCUUUGUCAAUUUGCGAGGCUUUAAUGCCCCAGUUUGUGCAUAGAACUGAGGAUGUGCAUUUGCCUUAUUAAAGAUUUAAUCACUUUGGUCAUGCAAGAUCUCGUUAAAUAUGAGUUUGUUCAGUAUCCAGUGCGGAGAACUAAU